ACAUGAAUUAAUUUUUAAUUCAAAGACACGAAUCGUUUGCAUAACAUAAUCCAAAUAUGCAUUUACGUAGGCAAAUUGAUGCAUGAAAAGGUUUUAAAUGCCGAUUUUUUCUGUCAUAACAACUUAGCGUCUGUCCACACGACAGUUAAGAUGAAAUGGACAAUUUUAGUUUCUAGAAAAUCUAUUUUUGUCGACGUGUAAGUACUACAGAAGUUGAUUCACUUCGUUUUCCAACUCAGUUUUGUCGAAAUUUUGUUUCCAUUCUAAAAUUUAAAAUGUCAUACCUUCGUCAAAACAAGUCCACCUGUGGGCGGUAUCCAAACAGACCAAAAUCCAGCAAUGCAGAAGAGGCCUUUGUGGACAAUGAGGAAGAUCUUCCAUUGCAAACUCAAAUUGACAACUUGAGAGCAAAAAUCUCAUUGAAACAGAGAUAUAACAAAGCUCUUUUGGAGGAAGUUACCGAAUCGCAUAAAGGAGCUCAUCAAAUGAUAGAAGAUCUUAGGAAUGAAAAUGAACUCUUGCACCGUGACCGGAAUGAAGCUAUUGCUAGCGGCACUUCAGCUUCAGUCAAAGCACUGCGAAAUCAUCGGUAUUUUAUGUUGGCAUUGAGGGGUAAAAAUCCUGCCCAGGUUUACGAAUGGUUGGAUGACCAGAUUUCUGAUCAAAGAAAAAAAUUGGAUGAGAAGCUUCAUACGGUAACAUCGAUCAAGCUUAAAUUGUCUGAUGCUGAACACAUGGUGGUUGAAUUGGAAGACUGGCCAUUUCCUGGAUCUACGCCGUGGGAGCAACAAGCAAUCCAAGAGUUUACAAAGCUUGGAGUAGCCAUUGCUCAAAGAGGAGAUUUGAAGGAUUGUGUCUCCACACUCAAUAUAAAAUUCAAGGAAAUUCUGAACCAACUCCGAGGAGAAAGAGAUACUUGGCCGUACGUCGUUAUCAAGUUGGAGAAAUCGUACAGGGAAUUGAGAAAAGAGUUAGACGAUUUACAAAACAUGUUGGAUGAUGCCAAAAGACUAAAGAAAACUACGUAUUAUCGCCUUAUGAUGACGGAGAAAGAGUACACGGAAAAUCGGAGAAUUCGGCACCACAGAAUAGUCAAAAUCCGUAAAAUGUGUGAAUUGGAGUUGAAACGGAAUCGAAAGCGGUUCGACAAAGCGGCGACGCAGGAAACACGAUCACCAAUUGACCUUCGAAGUAACAAGAGUAAAGCGUUGCUUGUCUCCUCAGCGCAAGAAAUUGAUUAUGGAACUUUACAAGAACUCAAGGAAAAAAGGGCUGCAGUUGCACAAUUCGAAGAUAAAGCCAGAGUUCUUGUGGAGGCAAUGCGUGUCAAAGAUUUGCGAUUUUGUCCAAAGAGGAUUCAUACCGUAUUUAAGCUUCGUCACAUCCUCCAGGACGAAUUAAGCCAAAGACAGAUUGCAUUGACAGCCCUUGUGAAACAGAAAAGUAACUUUCUCCUCAUCAAGAAUCACUUGUUUUACACUGGAUGCGUCAAAUUGGAAGAGUUUGACAAAGAGUCAGAGGAAAGAGAAACCAAAUUGUUGGAAGCCCAAAGGCAAACUUCCGACAACGAUAAGGGGAUUAACAAGAUAGGAAAAAACGCCGUCUUAUUUCACAGCGCUUUGAUCGGACUUUUAGAUCUAUUGCAAGAAGGGAAACGAACCAACGUUGUGCUCCCAAGCAAUUACCUAGACUUGGCAAAAUUGGCCUUGGAUAAGGUGAAAGUGCUUAUCACCUCUGUCGUCAAGCUUCGCAGUUUGUUCAACCCUGACGAGGAACCCCAAAGAAAUUACGGCUCUUAUGUAAAAAUUCCAGUCUCCCGGUAUUCUUGUCGACUUGGGGCUCAGUACAGUACCGGAAGUGACGAAGAAAUGAGUGACGAUGAUGACACUGGAAUUCAAAGCACUUUUGGCAAUGAUCGUGUCCUGAGCAGAGAAGAAAUCAAAUCUAAAAGUGACAAGGUGUAUGCACAAGGGAUGCUCCGACAAGGAUUUCGAGCAUCGGCAGAACGGAAGCAGGAAAAGAAACAUGGAAGAAGAAAGGGACACUAACUAACUUACUUUACUGUACUAUUCACUAAUUAAUAUUGCUGACAAGUCAAAAUAAAUUGUUGAUCAUAAUUACAAACAAAUUUUAAACCAUGAAAAAAAUUCUUC